GGGGAAAUGGCGCCAGCCAUGUUCCUUCCCUGUUCAUUGGCCAACGACUUGACCGACGGUGAGCUUUUGUGGGUUGUCUGUUCCUGUCAAUGAGAAAUGAGAACUGAAAAUCAAGUCAAUUACACACGCGCGGGGUUAUCGACAUGCCCGUGCGCACACACAGACACACACACACACACACACACACACACACACACACACAGGCGCACACACGCACAGAUCGGCACCGAAGCUUCCAAAAGCUUCGCAUGAAACUCCCUCUCUCUCUCUCUCUCUCACACACACACACACACACACACAGAGAGAGAGAGAGAGAGAGAGAGAGAGAGAGAGAGAGAGAGAGAGAGAGAGAGAGAGAGAGGAUGGCGGGACGAGAGGUGCAGCCUCGGCUUCGAGCGCCGGCCGAUCUGCCGCGGCAAGAGUCGCUCGGGGAGGGAGGCGUCGGGGUGCCAUUGAUCGCAUCUUCAGCAAGGAGGAGCAUUGGAGGUAGCAAAGGCGCUGAUGCCUCGGCGAGAGAUAGGAGAAUUGCAGACAUCAGCGCCUGGAUUUUUAACAUCUCCACAUCAGUGGGUGUGAUCAUGGUCAACAAACAGCUUCUCUCCGUCUACAAGUUCGGCUUCGUGCGAUACUCACGGAGCACGAAGCUUAGCAUAGUCCUCGUCCUUCUCGGUGUCGGCAUCUGCACAGUCUCCGACAUCACUGUGAAUGCCAAGGGGUUCCUCGCUGCUUGCAUUGCCGUCGUCAGCACUUCCUUUCAGCAAUACUUCUUCAUCAUUCUAUCGUGCCUUAUUGCAGUUGGAACAAACCUCAGUCAGUUCAUCUGCAUUGGGCGAUUCAGCGCAGUAGGGUUCCAAGUUCUUGGCCACAUGAAGACUGUUUUGGUUUUGGUGCUUGGCUACUUUUUGUUUGGGAAAGAGAUGUUCACAAUGAAGGUGCUUUUAGGAAUUACGUUCGCGAUUGUGGGGAUGGUAUGGUACGGGAACGUAGCGAAGAAGGACAAAGCGCCGCCUUCCAAGGACAAGCCAACUGUGAAUGAACUCAAAAUGUCAGAAGCUUCCAAGGAGGAUGAGCAAGUCUAGUGUAGUGGCAAGAUGCUAAAAUGGGCACAGAAGAGACGCAGGUGCAAAAAGUGUUUUGUGGGGAUGUUAAUAUGGUACGAACGGGAACGUGGUGAGGCGAAGAAAGAUAAGGCUCUGCCGGCCCAAGUACAAGCAAGCCAACCUGUGAAUGAACUCAAGUCUCAGCA